GUUUUGCUGGUAAAAGACUGCUGUUUAGGCAUGGAGCUCCUCUAGAUGCAUCCCUCCAGUUCUCACUAUUGAUUUAAAAGAUUGGUUGUCUUAAGAAACCUCUAUCCUGGUUUGGGCACGUGAAUGUCAUUAAAUAGUCACCAUUCCCAGAAUAUAAUACAUCAUUCAGACCUUCCAUCUCCACUAGGGAUGCCACCUGAACACUAUUUUACUUGCCUGGCCAGUAAGAUUGAAGCUUGAUGUCAAUGUUAUUAAUAUGGAAAAAAGAUUUCCUAUCUCUAAUUCCAGCCCUGAGAUCAGCACGUAACUUGGUCGUAAUAAGCAUUUUGAGCAUAGAGACAAAUCUGCAAAUCUUCAUUUUUAACCAUUUUUGUUAUUGUUUGAUUUGACUCAGCACAUCAUUUAUUAGUUGGCCUGAUCCAUUUACCUAGUGCAAGGAGCAAUCACUUUUUGUGCCGGGUAAGAUCUGUAACUGAUGCACGCACAAGCAGUUUCAGCACAGGGAGCAUUAGGCAUUGAGCUUUCCUUGUAGGAAUCAGAAAGUGAAACUGUUCUGUUGUAGGGAUCAGGAAGUGAAACUUCUCUCUCGCUGCAUCAAACAAAGCCUGGCUAUUGGUUAAUGUAUUAAUAGUGACUCUCUCUUACGUCAGCUGAGCUUACACUGGGAAGGGCAACGACAACUAGAAAGAUUUUAGUCUUCUGUCUCGUGCUUCUUACUGUUUAAAGCAGGAUUUCCAUUUAGGAAAACAAGCAUAUUUGCCAGAGCCAAGAGGAAAGAGUUCUGGAGUACUGCCUGUGAUCAGGAAAAAACAGGUGUCUGGGAAUCAGUCUGAGCUAUAAAAACUAUGAAUACUCAAAGGAAUAAUGCAAAUCAUAAGCAAGAAGAGAAAGAAUUGCAGAGAGACAGAAUUAUAGACAAAGAAGCACAGAGAGUGAAUCUGGUGAAAAGUGGAAAUCGUUUUAUCAUUGCCUUCAUGACAGCCCUUUCAAAUGAUCAAAAACUAUCUUCAGAGGAAAAGAACAAUUAUAUGCAAAGGCUGCUCCAUGCUAUCUUCUUCCUUGGAUACAUAAAUGAUCCCUCUGUCUCACCAAUGGAAUUCAUACCCAGUUUGAACAACCUUCAGGAAUUAAUAAAGACAAAGUUCCCUGAACCAUGUGAAAAAUAUAAAACUCAUCUACCCCGUCAAACACCCUACUCCAUCCUUCUGGAAUAUAUCGGGAGAGGUAUGUUCAAUAACAAUAACGAAUUAAUGGAACAGCUGGUUGCCUUUAAUAAAUCCUUGUGGCAACUGGGAGAUGAGAAUGGAGAGACACUGGUGGCCAACGAUUUUGCUUUUGCAGCUGCUGUUAUUGCACACAGCAAAUAUGAUGAUGCGAAAACAAGCAUUGUUACAUAUGGAGCUUCGAUGUCCUGCAAAGGAAAGGAUCUCAGAAAACUUAUGAUUGCAAUAUCCACCCUCCACGUGUGGCAUAAAGCAAUUUCCUAUGCUGUUUGCUGUGGCAAUAAACAGGUUAAAAUUAAGUUCAGAGACCAUUUCUAUUGUAAUGCAUAUAAUUUUAGUACAAAAGAAUACGCGUAUAUUCCUGUUUCUCCUUGUUCCCUGUGCUACUGCAUGUAUGAAAAUGUUACUUUUCAUCCUGAAUUUAAUUCCAACAAAUAUGCAUCCUGGGCAUAUGGCAACUGUGGGGAGACCGAAUCGUUCAGCAAAUUACUGCUGCUCUUGGAAAGUUCAAGAAAUGAUCCUCUUUUCACUGUGAUCGAUAAUAAAGGGGUGCAACUGAAUGGAACAGAGAUAGAGAAUAGGUUUAACAAAGAAUACAAAAGGUCAAUGACUGAUUACGUUAAUAACAUUCUCAAACAGCGCAAUUUCACUUUCGACCCCAAAGCCUGGCAGCUCUUCUCACCAGUUUGACCUAAAACAGAUACCGUGCAAAGAUGUUACCUUUUUCUAUCAUGCACUAUAGGAUGACUGUCAGAUUAAGGUGCAAAAUUAAAUUUCAUGCUGAUUUACUCUCUACCGGUUAAUCAAAAAUGCUAUUUCACAGGUGCUCUCUGUUCCAAGGAACAUUUUAUUUUGUUUAUAAAUAUACCUCCAAGAGCCUGCUUCAACCUUGUGGUGCAAACAUGAAUGCAUUGUGGGCAUAUUACUAUACUGUGCCUGAUGGGGUGCAAAGUGCUCUUUUUGGGGGUAAGGAGGGUUAGGUAUUUCUGGUGUGUAUAUUUUGGUAUUUUUGAUGCUAGUGCUGUAAAGAAAGGUAACUCAGUUUUUAUAUUGCACAAUAUAAACAUCUUUCAUUUUUAGAUUA